AUGAAAGUAGUCAUCAGGCUCGGAGAUAAAAAUUUCAAAGUGCCGGACCCAGCUGAUUCUGCGUCAUUCAAAAACGGCAACGGCUGCAAACUGUUAUAUAUAGUGAGGCGAGAUUUACAGCUGAGUGACAGUGAGGACAGCGAAUCAGAGAAUGCUGCAAGACCCAGCUCAAAGAAGACAAGUAAGAAAGAGAGAGAGGAAUGCAGAGAGAAGGAGAAGACAAAGGAAGACCAUGAGAAUGAGGAUAGUGCGGAGUGGGCUAAAGCUAGAAAGAAGGUUGAAGAAUUCCUGGAUUUUCCAGCACUGAUUUCAGCCAUGAACUUUAGGAAUAAGACAGAAUCUUCUAUGUUUUCUCAAAACUCAUCUACAUCUAGCAGGCAGCAAAUGGCAUGUAGGGAAGCAGCUCCGAUUCCAAACACCAGACACAACGCCGUCUUCUUGAGGGACAAUCCAAAGGCUGCACAGGUGAUCCUGGCAUCCCCGUAUCACAACGGUGAAGAUCUCAGAACUCAGGAUAAAAGAGAUGGGAAUGAAGAUCUUAAAGGGGACCCGCCACUUAAGAAGGUCCUCAACUUGGCUGAGAAAUCCAGCACCAAUAUGGAGCCAGAAACCGAUGCCGACAGAUGA